UACUACGGCUUCUGGUUCCGGCCGUUGAUAAAGUAAUGGCACCUGCUACUUCGAGGCCGGGGAGCGGUCAGCGGGAGUAUUCUUCCCGUGCGGAAACGAUGCCCUCGGGCACAAGCCCUGCUGCCAAUCAGGCGACAUGUGCCUUGCGAACAAGGCAUGCUACAACGGCGAGUUUGGAGUCACGUAUCUCGCCGGUUGCAGCGACCCUGACUAUAACGACUCGAGCUGCCCAGACAAGCAAUCAUUCAAAGAUACACCAUGGACUGGGCUAGUACUAUGCAACAAUACAAACCAAUGGUUGCAGUGCAGACAGUCAGAAAAACCCAAGGUAUUGACCUCGCCGGACCCGUGCUCCUGCCCCGAACCCGCAUCGAGGACCAUCGCAUUCCUCGACGCAACAAAGUUGGCAGACAUCGGCCAGCUGCCGGCUACAUCCGGGGGGAGCGUCCUCUGGCAGAGUGGAUUUAUCCCGACUGCUUCGGAGGAAACUCCGACAUCGACCCCCAGCACCACCCGACCUUCUUCAUCCGCCGUGCCCACGGCACCAUCGUCGUCAUCAUCGGCAUCGGCAUCGCCCUUCUCGACAUCGUCAGCUCUACCGACGAGCAACCCACCGGGAAUGACCGCCGCCGCGAAAGCCGGCAUUGGAGUUGGAGCGAGCCUCGGCGCCCUGCUGAUCCUCGGCGCAUUGCUGCUGUUGUUCCUUCGGCGGCGGGAGCAUAGGAGAGAGUCUCAUAUGUUUGACUGUUCUCCCCGCGAGGUCGAGAGUAAGGGCAAGAGCGAUGCCAUGGACAUGCCGGGAUUUGCAGUGACGCCGGUGACGCCUGUAACCCCGGCACUCAGCGAGCUGGAUCCUGGGGCGGUGCGGCGGUGGUCGGAACUCCAGGGUGAUUACACGCCGAAUCCAACCCUGUCGGGGCAUUUUCUCCAAGAGUCAACCCCAAGACGGACUGAUGGCACACAUGGAAGGAGGAUUGCGCAGUACGCAAAACACGUUGCGGAGUUGCCAGGUUAGCCUGCUAUCUGCAUCAGGGACUAGGUCCUGGUGCUCAACCCGGGCUCUGGCCCCCUGUCUGUCUCUAAGUUCCUGUACAAUUAUUACCUCCUGAUUUCAGUG